UGUAAACCAUAACAGCGUUUCUUCACUUUCAUCUAUUCAUUUAUUUUCUCUGGUAUUUACACGUUAAUUUCCUUGUCGCUCAGAAGCUUUUGUGCUGUAGUAAAAACUAUCCUUUCUAUCUGUUACGUAGUGCUCAGAGUGAGUGUUUUGUGAAAAUAGUAAAUAGGAAUGCCGUAUCAAUAUUAUGUCAAUUUAAUAUCAAAAGAAUAUUGAGUUUGUGUAGAUGUGUAGUGUAUCCAAAAUCUACAUAACAGACCACAUUUUUAGUAUUUACACUAUUCCAUUAGUUGAAAUUGAGCUUCUUAAAUUAUGUUAAAAUAAAUAUUUCAGGAUUUUCGACAUAAUUUUUUUACUUUUCUACGUUGUUUUGAAUUUUCUCAGAAUGGUUAAGUUGAAAUCUGUUGGCUUGUAUAGAUAUUAAUUGCAUACUUAGUUUUUAUAAGGAAACUGAAAAAUAACCAGUUGGUUUAUUAAAAUUACUAUGGAAACUAAAAGCACUGAGUCUAUAGAUAAAUCAGAUCAAGAUGAUGCAUUCAUUGAAAAUGGUAUGCCUAAAAAAGUUGAUAAAAAUAAUAUGAAAGGUAAAAAACGUAGAAAAUGUUUACGUGACAAAACAGCUCCAAGACCUCCACAUUCUGGAUACAUACGAUUUUUAAAUGAUAGACGUGAACAAUUUCGUUCUGAAAAUCCUAAUUUACCAUUUGCUGAAAUAACCAAAGUAUUAGCUGCUGAAUGGAAUCAAUUGCCGGCAGAUAAAAAACAACAUUAUCUCUCAGCAGCUGAACAAGAACGAGUUAAAUAUGUUGAAGAAUUAGCCGCUUAUAAAAAGACUGAUGCAUAUAGAAAUUUUAUUCAACGCAAAAUGAAAAAAAAAAAAGUUAACACCGAGAUCCAAGAAGAUCAAGAAUUAAAAAAAGAAAAACCAUCUGGUGAUAUAAAAUUAAAAAAGGAUCAAGAAUUAAAAAAAGAAAAACCAUCUGGUGAUACCAAAUUAAAAAAGGAUCAAGAAUUAAUAAAAGUAAAACCAUCCAAUGAUAAUAAUACUGUACUAGAAAUACCCAUAUUUUCUGACGAAUUUUUAAACUUCAAUAAAGGUAGAGACACUGAACUAAGGUACCUUCGCAAAAAAGUAACAGAUCAAGAACAAGAAGUAUCUGUUUUAGAUAAACAUAUUGAAAAUAUGCAUAAUGGUAUUGACAAAUUAAUGGCUAAUACUGAAAAUUUUAAAGCUGGAUGUUCAAAGUAUGAGCAGUAUUUAAUUAAACUACGACCUUUACUUCUAGAUGCAUUAGCUGACAUUUCAUUCCCAGAGAACAUUGAGCCACCUACCAAUGAAACUAUUGACACAUUUAUGAUUAAUUUAGCCACACUUCUAACAAAUGGUACUGAUACGGGUACUGAUCUUUCUUGGAUUGAAAAUGUAAAAAAAGCUAUUUCUAAGUUGGAUUUUUCACAAUGUUAAAAUAAAUUAUAUUUUUUUGUAUCAAACUCUGUCAUAAAUUAUCUGAUCAUGUUUUUUGUUCUUUGUAUUAUUUAAUAUUUUCAUGUGAUAUAGUUUUUAUUUCAAACAACAAAAAUUCAUUCAUUUAAAAAUAUAUGUAGUUGUAAAUUGAUUAGAAAUUAACAUUUAUAAUGAAUUUAUACGAAUAUUCACAAAUGUACACCAAUAUUAUAAAUAAUUGUAUAAGUUAAUUUUAAGCACAAGUAUGCUCAGGAAGUUUGUGUAUAUGUGGUAGAAAAAGAUGUUUCUUUACGAAAUACUAAGCAUAAAAUAUAAACUAUAAAAUAUUGAUAACAAAAAUGAAAUUAAAUAGUUAUAAAUAUUUA